AAUUAUCUUCAGGUCAACAGAUGAUAAAAUAAAGACUGCAAGUCGACACAUCUGCUAUAUAAAGUUCUACUAACAUAAUCUGUCGGUGCAAAACUGGAAGCACUUGGAAAUCGUAACUUGGGGUUACAGUGUGCUAAUAAUCUUUUAAUGAAAAUUCUACAUCUUCUUGGCAAAAAUAAUGCAAGAGAAGCUAAACCAAAGACAGGCAUACCGGUUUGGAUAAUCGGACAAAAUUGAGCAAAGUCGUUACAAACAAAACAAACAUUGUACUUUCAGGCAGUAUCUUUCCGGUCUGAUAUUUGUUUCGCAUAGGAGAUAAACAGUGGCGUCCUUGACAUUAUUAAAACAUUUUUAAAAAAGAAAUUUCCGACGCAAAACUGCAUUAUAAUCUUUGAGCACAUGAUACGUUAACAUGUCUUUAAAAGUUAUAAGUGGUUAUAGACACAUUUUAUUCCUUUCCUUGCUUCUCAUGACGAUGUCAGUUUCUUACUUCCUGUUUACUGAACACACAAAGUGGCAAGACUUGAAAGGAGUUGCCCAGUCAUGGAGAGCAUUUGCUAAGCGAGGUGAUCGAAACAGUAUGUUUAAAUACAACACCUUAGAUGGUGAAAAGGCGAAUGGCCCGGAUUUUGGUAUUCCCGGUGUUGUGAAAAACAAUAAAAAUGAUUUUAAUCCUGCCGAGCAUUCCACUGAUAAUCCAAAUACCGGCGGCUUAUUGGUAGCAGACGACACAAAUGACACAAAACAAACGAAAUGUCCGAACGGAAGCGUGUAUUUCAGUAAUGACUUAUACGAUUGUGACGGCAUCAUGAAAGAUGCAAGAUUCAAGCCGAAGAAUAAAAACAAUACGUUCAAAGAUGAAAUAGACCAAGAAAUGUCUUCACCCCCGACAUUAAAACUAAAACAACCAACAAUUCAAUCUAACGUAAAGCAAUCCAACGGACACAACUCUGCAAAAAAUAACAAUAAAAGAGAAACAAAGAAAGAGCCCAAAAACAUUUUUGUCAACUGUGGUGGAACAUUUCCAAAGACACUUGAACUAUUUUUAGAUACGUAUCCUAAAUCUCCAUCGUAUUCGACAUACACUUUCCUACCGGAAAAUUCCUACGCAGUUAUGUACUCGUAUCUUCCAAACCAUACAGUCAUUCCAUUUGAAGCCUCUUUUAAAAAUAGUUCAAAGAAUGUCGACGUGAAAGCAUUUGGCGCGGACGCCGAGACUACUCAAACUAUACAAGAAAAAGAUCUUGCCGCGUGGCUGAAGGCGAAUACAAAUGAAGAAGAUUUUGUUGUAUUAAGAGUAGAUUCAGAAGACGAAAUUAAGAUUUUGGAACAUGUAGUCAAACGUAAUAGUAUGAAAUUUAUUGAUAAAUACUACACAGCACGUGGAAUUAAUGGAUCCAAGCAAGAAUUGAAACCGUUGAUGGAAACAAUGCGGCAGAUGAAAUUAAAAGCCUUUAAAUGGGACAAUGAUAUGGAGACGUAUUCAGACUUCUUUCUGCUGAACCCCAAUCACAUCCCUGUGCCUGGGAAACGUAUAACUUUAUGUCAACAAAAGGAAGAUGACGAAAAGUUCGCGCUCUUUUUAUAUUCGCCGUCUGCAAGCUUGAAUUCAAUUAAAGCUAUUAACCUUCUACACAAUUUUUCACCAAAAGAUCGUCUGCAACUGACUAUAUUCUUGCGCUAUGAAGUUUUCAAAUUUGGAAGUUUUAUUAAUAUGAAGUCGUUAUUUUCAACUUUUCAUGUUGGCUUGUAUUAUGACAGCGAAGGUUCAAUGCAGGCAACAGAUGGCGUGCAAUACAAUCAACUUAGAAACAAGUUAGUUUUUGUAAGGAGACUAUUUGGUCAAUUUGAUCAAACUUUACAAUAUAUUCUCACAGGAAAUAAUACCAACGAAAAAGUGGUUGCACGCAUUCGAAAAAAUCUUCACUACAGUUUUGUACAAGGGGGAACAGACAUAUCUCAUCUAACUGAAAAGACAUUAGCAGGCAGGACUGUUUCUAUUGACGAUACUGGAAAAGCAAAGGGUGAUUUUUUACUUGUGAAUAUCGAUACAAUUAACGCGGAGUAUUUAGUGCUGUAUAUGGUGCGUAGAUUUGCUCCGUGGUUACUGACUAUUCCAGAAUGUGACGUAACACGUUCUGGAAGUCUUUUAAAUAAUAAAGAUGCCGUUGUACUGUAAAAUGCAUUUAAAUUGGUUGAAAAUAAAAAUGACUUUCAAUAAUUA